AUUGUUUACUUUUUUCUUCCCUUUAGGCGUGGCAUUAAUUGUAUGUUGAGACAACAUGGCAGUGUUUUAUUAAUUCAUCAUUAAAGUUUGUUUGUUUUUAAGUGCGCUUAUUCCUGAUAAUCGACCGACCAAAAUUUCGAAAAAUAUGGCUGUUAAAGAUCAGGAUUAUCCAAAGGCAUCAAAUGCGCUGGUUUUCGGUGGCAUGAUCACGUACUUUGCUGGUGUUAUGCUGGUGAUGUCAUUUGCAAGCCCCUAUUGGAUCCAGUCCUACCAAGAAACUUUCAACGACUUCAAACACAUGGGCUUGUGGGAGUACUGUUUCGAGCAGUUCCGCUACCCGUACUACCAGUUCGACAAGCUUUUUGAUGGCUGCCACUACAUCUUCAGUCAAGAGUACUACGUGAUCCGUGAAUGGCUGCUGCCAGGCUGGUUGAUGGUGGUGCAAGCAUUCGUCACUCUGGCCCUCAUGCUGUCGUUCGCUUCGCAGAGCAUCAUUGCUCUGGAGCUGAUCCGCUGGCCGCUGGAGUUUGUGCUGAUGUACGAGUGGUUGCUGUCUGCGAUAGCCUUCGUUUGCAACGCAGUGGCUGCUUUCUUGCUGUUCCUGGCAGUCUCCAUAUUUGGUGGGCAGUGCUGGCGUCGGGAUUGGCUCAUGUAUCCAAACUACAACUACUUGUCUUGGUCCUACGGCUUUGCAGUGCUGUCGUUCUUCUUCCACACGUUUGCAGCCCUUUUCUUGUACUUGGACGCCCGCAGGGGCUGGGAGCUGCGCAAGGAGAGCCACAACCUCGUGGUGCAGAUGCACCCGAACCCCGGCAGGAACGGACAUUCGACACCUGCUGCAUGAACGUGGGCGGACAAAUCUUUGCCAGUUGCUUCGAAGAUGUUGGCAGCAAUGACAUGCAAGCUUUGGGGAAGGCAAACCUAAGCUAGCAACAUUAAUAUACUGCUUGCAACUUUUACUUUUUAUAGUUGUAUGGGUUUUUAUGUGAGCAUACUGUACUGCCAGCUGUCCAGAUAAUUAUGAUGGUGGUAUCCAGGGAUGCAAUUGUCUACAACCAUUUCUUAGCAAUACUGAAAACUGUGGUUUAUACUUUAUAGAAUGUGUAUUUUACUAUUUUUAUACUUUUAGACAAUCACUAGUAUCAUAGUUUUUUCCAAAGUGCAGAAAAUGAGAUUUUGAGAAACAAUGUUGUUGAUUUAAAAAAAAAAAUUGAAUGUCCAUGCUGUUUGUUUUAUCAUUGUAUAUGUUUGUGGUGUGAGCAAAGUUGCCAGUAUGGGGUGAUAAUUCGUAGUAUUUUAUAUCUUCUGAUAGCUGUGUUAAUCAUAAACUAAUCUUGUCUUAGAAUCUAGAGGUUUUUAAUUGUAGGUACUAUAUAGGUGCUAUUUAACGCACAAUGUUGGUUGAAAGUAUUUUCACUUAAAGUAUAAUAUUAAUAUGUGUGAUUUGCAUGAUUAGGCAGCACUAGGUUUAGUUUUUUUUUCUUUUAAAGAAAUGGGGAUGAGUAAAAUAUAUAUUCUUUCUAACUGCUUCAGUGUAAUUUAAAUACUCAAUAAUUCAGUCUGUUAUACAUUAAUAGUUACAUAUUCAGUUAAUGUGCUGUAAUAUUGUACAUACUUGGAUGUGGAGGCAGUAAUACUCAGACAUGUUUUCUAAAAGCCAUUAAAUUAUUAAUGCUAUUUAAUUUUCCAUAUAGUAUUUUAAGGUUUUAUAAAGACUAGUAAUAAUGACUGAGGUCAUUAAUGUAUGUAGUUUAAACAUGGUACCCACAUUAUCGAAAAUCAGUCAAUUGUUCAGCGAAGGGAUGUAAUUGGAAAAUAAGCAAUCAAAAACAUUGAAACAAACACUAUAUUAUGAAAUAUGUUUUCCCUACCAUGUACAUUAAACAAAAGUUCUCUUAUUGUAAUAUAUGUAUAAAUAUAUAGUAUGCUUUAAUAUAACAGUGUUUUUCCUUUCUGAAAUAGGGUAAUGUAUUACUUCAUUAUUGAAAUUUUUAUUUCACUCAUGAUAAUUUGUGAGAAAUGUUCGGCAAUGGCUACUUUUGCAUCUUUUGAUAACUUGCACCAAAAUAAUAUUUUUCACUUAAUUAAUUUAUAGCUUUGUGAUCGAUGUAGGCACUCCUUGUCUCUGAAGCUCUAUUUUUAGAUUUUUGAGGGGCUGAAAAAUUCUAACCCGAUGCUUCUAGACAAGAUAUUUUCAUUAUUGUUUGGCUUUCUGUCAUUACCAAGUUCAUCCUGGACGAUGCUAUGAAUGAACAGUUUUAUCUCAAAUCCUUAGUUAUUUAAUUGCAAAUGAACGUUGAAAUUUAUGUGGACAAGUAUAGCUGUGAAAGUCGGGACUUCGUAAUCUAUGUUGGACUGUCCUUUGCCCUGAGCUAGCCAAUACUAAUCACUUAUUCAGCACUAUCCUUACCUGCAGUAUUUCGUAUACAAUCCACCAGAUUAGUUUACAGAUGAUUGAUAUUUUGUUGUUAGCAUAGAAAUUUAACAUUGCUAGGUGCAAGUAAGUAUCACUGUAGUUUUGACACACAUGGUUUUCUUUUACAAUUGCAUAAUAAAUGUUUAAAUACGUUAAAAUUAGCUUUAAAUUGAAAUAUAUUUUGUUUCUAAGAUUUGGUUAGAUUUUUAUUCUGUGAUUUGAAUAAUUUCUUUUUUCAUAAUUUUUUUUUUUUGUUUCAAGUAAUUUUUAUGAAAAACUGUUUGCAUUUUUUUUUCCAAUAUAUACACUGUAUUGACUAUUUCUGUACAUUCAGGUGUCCGUAAUGAAAAUAUCUAGCAGACAAAACCAACCCCAUCUAAUUCUGUCAAGUCAUUCAGAUUCUAUUAUUGUUUUUAUAUUCUUGUCAUUCAUUAAUGAUGUGACCUUUUGUAUCCUCUUAAUUCUCAUUUCUUAUUGCAUCAGCAUUUUCUUUUCAAUUGUUUUUAAACAUUUACAUUAUAUAUCAAGUCCUGAAAUUCCAGAUGUAUAUUUUUUGUUUGUAAUUUUUCAAUGUCUUACAAUUUAAUAACAUGCAUGGUGCUUUUUGGCAGUCUGUAAGAUUCGUCAAGGAAAUUUUACUAAUCUCGUGAUAGAAAUUUAAGAAAAUUUAAAUUUGGUGUUUAGUGGGUACCAUUUUUAAAAUGAAUUCAAAUAUUUUAACUGAAAAUAGGUAGAAUUAUUACUGUUACAUUUUAUGAUUAUUAACUAUAUACAGUUUAACCUAUUGGUAUGUUUAGAGCUUAUGUAUGCUGUUAUAAAUGAAAAUUGCUAAACGUUUAUAUACUAUAUGCAUAGUGUUAUAUUUUGAGUUGAAAUAUGUUUUCUCUGUUCAUGAACUCGGGUAUUGUAAAGAUUUCUGUUGAGAGUUGAUCUUGUGUCGUCCAGUUGUUUUAAGGAAACAGAAUUUUUUAUCAUAGCUAUUUUACUUGCUUUUUGGCAGCUUAGAAGAAUUUCAUCUUGUAUGUGAUAGUUUACUUUAUAGAUAUCUGUUCAGCAGUAUUUAUUUUGAAUUGUGUGUGUUUCAUGUUUAAGGCCUAAAGAUUUAUGUUUUGAUAAAAUGAAGUUUGUGUAUGUGUGAACAAUUUAAAAUUGUAUAUGAAAUUGUUUAAUUAUGUAUUAUUUACACAGCAUGGUUUAUCAAAUGUAAGUGCAUAUAUAUUAAUGAUGAAACAAACAUAUCAAAUGUGUGUGUUUUUAUUUAGUGCAAAUUAUAAGUAAUAAGUAUCAUACUUAUGUAAUUAAACAAAAUAAAAAUCAGUUAACAUGUUUUAAGUACAGCAUGAUGCUUUUCCAUCUUAAAGUGAUGAAUAUUUUACGUGUCUUCGAAUGUUUCCACAUGCAUACUUUCAAAAUUAUUUUAAUGGACUUGGAUUGUUUAUAAAUUAUUUAACCCUGGCCAUAAAAUCAAACUAUUCAACUGUAUAGUAACUAAAUUUUUAAUUGUUUUGCCCUUUGUUCAAUCAUUGAUGAGUCAGGCAUUAAAGAGGAUGUUUUUUCAAUGUAAAAUCUUAAGAUUUCUAGCAGUAGGUUUUUGUGUGCUUUAAAUACAAAAAUUACGAAUUCUUAGAUAUUUUUCAUUUUUGUUUGUUUGCCUCAAUCAUAAAUUGCUUAUUUAAUUAUUUAUUAAUGUUCAUUGUAAAUUUUGCUCUAAAAAUACUUUUUAUUUUUCAUACAGAAAUGUUUUAUUUUAAUUUGGCAUGAAAUUUGUCUGAAUUUUGAAAAUUUCGAGGGGAUGAAGGGGGUCUUGGAAUUUUUUUGUACUUUUUUUUUUUCCUUCAUACAUCCAUGAUAACGUAAAUAAAAGGUAAAGCCUUGAUUGUUUGUGUGUGCAUAUAACUAUAAAAAGGGGCAAAUUGAAACACAAAAUCUGUCUCGUGGAGAAUUGUGAUUAAAAGCAAUAGGUCUUUAAGGGGCCCACCUAGUCAGGGGUGUAUCUGUGUGAGGCGAGAUGCGAUGAUAAGCGCGGCACUCGCUGGUGUUCCCAGCGUGAAACUAUGAAGUUUGAGCAGUAACCAUCAUUAGAUGGCAGAGAAUGGAAGAUAAGGGUGUAAUCCAGGGUUCUUGGAUGCUUUCAAGAAUCUCUACCCUAUGUUUUAUGUCUGAACAUUAUUCUGAAAACAAAUUGUUUUAGCAGCCCUUUUCACUUUCCUAAAAAGAAAGUUAAAAACUAAAUACGGUAUCAAAACUACUCAUCCACCUGCCAUGUUUGUAAACGGAUACAACUCAGAUGUCUGGAAAAAAAAUUUUAAAUUGCAUGGUUUCUUCUGAAGCUCUGCACACACUGUAUGUGCCCAGAUAGCUUGAGGCCCUUAAAUUUUGGCUUUAUUAUAGGUAAUUACUAAUAGCAUACAGUUUCAUGCAGCAGUAUAAAUAAACUGCAGUCGACUGCAGUUCUGGGUAGUUUCAUUUUACGUAAUUUGUACUAUCCUGGCAAGGUUGUUCACAUAUACUUAGCAUUAGUAUUUGAAUUACAUCAUCUGCAAUUUUUUUAAAAUAAGAUAUUGUAAAUAGGUAUGUAGUUGCUUCAUUAUAUUCCUAAAAAAACCCUUAAUAUUUAAAAAAAAAGUGCCAUUAUGGAUUUGUCAACAUGCGAAUCACAUGACUUGUAGAUAUAUCAUGUUAAUGAAACCGUAUUAUCUGAUGUAUUUAAAUAACUUGUAAUCUGAGUUACUAAGAGAACAAACUAGUACAUGUUGGCUCUUAUACAGCUGCACAACAAGCAGUCAUAAGCAGCUAGCUCUAUGCAAGAAAAAAUACAUGAGUGUUGGUGUUUUAAGAAAGUCUCUGAUUUCAAGAUAGGUAUGCCCAAAUACACAGGUAAUAUCUGCAGGAGUGACUUUAACGGUGCAGGGAUUAUAGAUUGUGCUGGCUGUAGCUAUAUUCUUGCCUCUUGAGACCAAGGUCGGGCACCGGUGAAGGCUGUGUGCCAUCUGUUCCUUUUUUUUUUUUUUGUGUCUAGUUUUGUUUGAAAAAUGUGCACAUUUAUGGGUAAAAGAAGAAUUGAAUAUUUAGCAUGUAAUUAAAUCUUUCAGAUUUCAAUUGUUUUAUUUAUUUUAUUGUAUUUAAAAAAUUUGUAAAGAUUUUUAUAGCCUCUUGAUGUGAUUUCACCUGAUUUAGAAUUUAUAAAAAUAACUUGUGUCUUAUUUAUUAGAGAGAAUAUAAACAUUUCUUAAGAUAAUUAAGCAAAACCGUUGUCGGAAUUGAAG